GGGACUGCGCGGUUCCCGUACACAAUCCCAAACACUAAACAGGUGGUCAUACACCGCCGCGCAACGACCGACGCGAUGAAACGGAACGGGUACCGAUUUUAACUUCUGAGCCGCAACGGUACAAAACCAAAGAUUAUUAAUGAUCCGGACAUCGAGGCCCGGGAACCCUUGAUCCCGAGUUUCCCCUAGGAUUCGGGAAGGAGAGUGGAAACUAUGAAAGUGACGGUGUGUUUCGGCAGAACUCGGGUCGUGGUUCCGUGCGGAGACGGCAACCUUAAAGUGCACGCGCUCAUCCAGCAGGCCGCGAUGCGGUACAGGAGAGCGAUCGCUAAGGGUGAAGAGUACUGGGUGCAGGUCUACAGACUUGAACACGGUGAUGGAGGAAUUCUGGAUUUGGAUGAUGUUUUGUCCGACGUUGCGGACGACAAAGACAGAUUGGUGGCGGUGUAUGACGAACAGGAGCCGCACGUUGGAGGUGACGGCACCAGCGCGAGUUCGACAGGCACACAGUCACCGGAGAUUUUCUCUGGAGAGCCAUCCACCUCCACCCCACUGUCUGCCUUUCAGCCGUACCUGCCCCAGAGCGAGAUAGAGGUCACCACCUCCACGCUUCGAACCAACAUGCCUUUGCACGUACGGCGCAGCAGUGAUCCAGCAUUGUUAAACCUGACAUCAGUGUCGUUCUCCGAAGCGAACUCACAACCUGAAGAACCGUUCAAGAAGAACCACACACGCUGGUCAACCACCGCCGGCUUCAUGAAACCCCGCUUUACCACUGGCACCAACAGCCUGGAGAGAAAGGGGAAAAGUGUGGACACGUACCGUAGUCUUCCUCGUGAUGCAGGGCAAUGGAACAGUCAGAGGGAGUUUCAACGUGAAACGGCCCGUUCUUCGCUCAGCGCCAAUCAUCCAAUGGUGGACCGCUGGCUGGAACGACAAGAGCAGGAAGAGGAAGAGAAUGGGAGGAUAGAGCCGGUGGGACGAGCGGAUACGUGUUUAGAUCACAUAGGAGUGAGAUCACUAGAUGAUAUCGUGAAACUGGUAGAAGUGUCCAAUGAUGGAGGUCCACUCGGCAUCCACGUUGUGCCCUUCAGCGGGCGUGACCGCAGGACGUUAGGUCUAUUGGUGAAGCGUUUGGAGCGUGGGGGAAAAGCAGACGCUCAGGCUUUGUUCCAGGAAAACGACUGCAUCGUUCGGAUCAACAACGGAGACCUGCGGAAUGUCCGCUUUGAGCAAGCUCAGAACAUGUUUCGUCAGGCCAUGCGUUCUCCUGUCAUCCUCUUUCACGUGGUGCCGUCCGCCAUGAGAUCCCAGUACGAACAGAUAUCCUAUAAUGAACAUAACCCAAGGGCGAACUUUGAUCUUUCUGGUCGCCUCAGCCCGGAUUCCUUCACCAACGAACCAGUCGACAAUGCUGGAAUGGACCUCGCCGCUCACCGAUUGGCACAACACAGGCCACACCCAUCAGAUAACCUGACAGAUACCAGCUCUCCCAUGCAUCAUCAUAUUGGCUCAGCAGGGAAACCACCAUCAGGUCUCACUCCCUCUCCUCAGAGAGGCUUAAGCCCCACCCCUGCAUCAGGCUUUACUAAAAAAGUUGGGAGGAAACUUGGGAUCCAACUUAGAAAAGGACCUGAAGGUCUUGGGUUCAGCAUCACAUCAAGAGACGUCCCACUGGGAGGCUCCGCCCCUAUUUAUGUGAAGAACAUCCUACCGAGAGGAGCGGCCAUACAGGACGGACGACUUAAAGCUGGGGACAGACUGCUAGAGGUCAAUGGAGUGGAUCUCAAUGGGCGUGGUCAGGAGGAGGUGGUUUCACUGUUGAGGGCCACACCCAUGGGCGGUACUGUGAGUCUCCUGGUGCAUAGACAAGAAGAAACCUUUCUACCCAGAGAGAUGAACACAGAACCAGCAAUGCAGAACACAAGAGAAUGGAAGGUAGAAGAAGAGGAAUUGGUCUUAACUCCAGACGGUACGCGUGAGUUCCUGACGUUGGAAGUGCCUCUGAGUGAUUCUGGCUCUGCGGGGUUAGGCGUCAGUGUUAAGGGUAACAGGUCAAAGGAGUCCCAUGCUGACUUGGGCAUCUUUGUCAAGUCUAUUAUCAAUGGAGGAGCAGCAUGCAAGGACGGUCGACUGCGUGUCAACGAUCAGCUCAUUGCAGUUAAUGGUGAGUCUUUAUUAGGCAAGACCAACCAAGAUGCCAUGGAAACGCUGCGCAAGUCCAUGUCAACGGAGGGCAACAAGCGAGGGAUGAUUCAGCUGAUCGUGGCCAGAAGAAUCAACAAACACCUCGAGGGUGAGAGCAGAUCCAGUCCCCGGCGGUUAGAUCGGACCUUGAGCCCGUCUCCUAAUGACCACGAGCGAAGGAUCUCACACUCCCUGUAUGGGAUUGAGGGGCUUGAUGACAACCUGAGACCACAACCAAACACACCCAACCACAAAAUGAAUCAUUAUCAGCUCUCCCCCACCGUCAACAUGCCUCAGGAUGACAUGGUCAUAAUAGAAGAUGACACGCCGCAUGUUCUCCCUGCACGGCUGUCUGACCAAUCAUCUUCCAGUUCUCAUGAUGACAUGGGUUUCGCAGUGGAAACGCCUCCGCCGCCACUCUGGGUCCAAGGACUUCCGGACAGCUCUGCCAGUGCUAAUGAUGAGGGGGCGUUUCAGAGGGAAGGCUUUGGCAGGCAAAGCAUGUCUGAGAAACGCACCAAGCAGUUUGGAGACCCAAGCCAACUCGACAUCAUCAAGACCCGCAAGUCUAAGAGCAUGGACUUAGUGGCUGAUGAGAUUAACCUCACACGCUUCACAGACAAGCAGACAGGGUCAUCCACAUAUGAUGUUGGCCCAUCUCUUGGCCUGAAGAAGUCCAGCUCUCUGGAAAGUUUACAGACCGCUGUCGCUGAGGUGACGCUCAACGGUGACCUCCCCUUUCAUCGGCCACGCCCGCGUAUCAUAAGAGGGCGGGGCUGCAACGAGAGCUUCCGUGCUGCUAUUGACAAAUCGUACGACAGGCCAGCAGCCAAUGAGGAUGAAGAGGAGGGCAUGGACACACUGGAGGAGGACAAUGAAGGAAGCUCUCGGUCAGGACGGGAUUCAGCUUCCACGGUAGCUGACCUCACUCCACUCGCAGUCACCGAGCAACAGCUGAUCAAUGGCAAUCAGCCUCAAAACGACAAGAAGAAAGAGAAAGGGGGGAAGGACAAAAAGAAGCCAGAGAAAGAAAAGAGUAAAACAAAGAAAGGAAUGCUCAAGGGGCUCGGAGAGAUGUUCAGGUUCGGAAAGUACCGCAAAGAUGGUGUGGAUGGUGGAAAGUGGAAGGCUGAGGAAACUCAUGCAUCCGAGGAGGAGACACGCCAGAUGAGACAAGAACAAGAGAGGAUUCAGGCGAAAACGCGAGAGAUCCGUCAGCGUCAGGCCAGAGAGCGGGACUAUGCUGAGAUCCAGGAUUUCAGCAGCUCCACGCUGACAUCACUCCCCACCGAGGAUCCCCCGUACGCCGGCAUCGGCUCGCUAGAACAUGGCGGGUACUACCGGAUUCACACGCCACCAGACUCACCCUUUGCACUCAAACAGAGCACCCAAAAUGGGCACUCCUCGGCGGCAGACAGGCUAACACCAAGCAACCAUGACCGAAUCCAGCGCUUACGGCAGGAGUUUCAACACGUCAGACAGGAAGAGGCGGAGCCAGAUGACCGCCAUCAUUCCUACAACCUAGAGCAGCCCUGGUCCAACUGCAGUCCGCACUCCACAUCUGGCCGUCAUUCGGUGUCCGUGGAGGUACAGUUACGGAGACAGGAAGCUCGAGAUGCCUUUACUCAUGCUCAGAGGCAGUACAGCUCUCUACCACGUCAACCGCGUAAGACGCCCACACCGACUCCACACAGUGAUUGUGAGAGGCCGUGUCUACCUGUAGAUGGUUUUCAGGCAGCUAAAGACAGUGGACGUUACUCUAGCUACCAGGGCCCUCGAUCUUUCCCACGCACUUUCCCUCGUCCCAGCUACAGGAAUGGUGUCUCUGCUCCCCCUGCACCCAUCGGGACCUCAGUGGGUGGCGGCUACAAUGCCCGUGUCUUACUGGAGGCCCAGGAGCUCCUCCGACAGGAACAAAGACGCAGGGAACAGGAAAUUAAAGGAAGAGUUGCAUCAAUGAGGAUCGACUACGAAUCCCAGGAUUCCAAAGGACCCCUCCGACAAGAUGUCCCGCCCUCCCCUUCACAGGUUGUUAGACUCGGCCGCAUCCACACUCCUGAGAAAGCACGGCCAUUUUUGUCAUGAGGGAAAUAAUAAGAGACCUUUCUGCUUUGUUUAUCAUGAUGGACAGGACUACGGUGUGCAAGCGCGAACUUUUAUCAGCGUGUCAUUUUGUACCCAGCCUCACUGAGUGCCUUUUUAGUAUGAUGUUACGGCGGUCCCGCCCUAUCAGACAGCUCACUGGUGAAUCCGGUAGCGGGACGGCUCUCGAUUUGCUUUGUGUGCUUGACAAUCAACCGUUCCACUUUUUUUGUCGAACCGCAUAUUUAAGUAGAUCAAAAUACGCAGUUUUCUCUGCUUUGCACAGGUUUAAAUGAAGUUUUGUUUGUUACGAUGAAGUAAGGAUUUUUGCUACGAUGUGUCGGAUGAAUUUUAAACAUCAGCUGUAUUCGUAUUUGAUGAAGUUACAUGUGCUGUGCGAAGAAAUGAACACAUUUAGGUACAGUGACAGACAGAAAAGCAGAAGAGGAAACUUUAAAAAUAGAGAAAAGUGAAAAACAAAAUGGGGUCACAGAUAGCUGGUCAUUAACUGAUGCUCCUCAUUAAAUUUUCAGUGCACUUUCAUACACCGAAUCCUCAACCCACUGCUGCCUGCCAGGUGUGUGCGUGCGUGCGUGCAUGUGUGCGUGUGUGUCUGAUCUCCCAGAUGACCCACACUGAAUUUUUCAUCACCCACACCAGCUGCCCCUGCAUUGACAGGCCACUGUGCGAAACUUCAGUCACAGAGAUUGACUUCCAUAUCUCUCCUAAACACACACGGCUAUGUUCGGAGUAGCAUCAUUUUACAGUGAUUUUACCAUUUGUGCGGAAUGCUGUACAGUAUGUAUACUAUGUAAAAACCUUGGGUAUGCAAGCUUUGUACUGUAUGUAAACGGAUGACCUACUGCGACUGACAAGGUGUGCCGUAUUAAACAUAAAGCAUAUAUGAAAUACUGUUUCUCAUGAUGUAUUGCGCCCUAUGUACUGCACCUCCUAUUCCAGUAUGACAAAUGAACCAAACGUAAUAUCAGUUGUGAUUUUUAACAUUCGUCUCUUGAUUUAAUUUUGGAUUGGGCUACUAGAAUUAGCUACCUUGUAAAAUACGUACCAAUUGCCAUUAGAUAGCGUUGCAUAUUCAUACACCAACACUAGGAAGUUGAAUUUAGUGUAUGCUGCAUUGUGUACUAUACUUCAUUCCAAAUAUAUCCCAUUUAAACUUGAAAUUUGACGUUUUUUACGAGUUUGCUUAUUCGUAUACAUUCGUACAAAGUGAAUCAUACAAAAACAUACGAUAAUGUUAAAAAAAUCUGAAUGAAACCCCGCUCCGUCCUAACCCCAACGUCACAGACUAAAGCAAAACAUACAAAAAUGUUUGAAUCUUGGACAUAUGAAUUAAUAAAAAUUAGCCACUUUGUAAAGUAUGUACCAAUUGCCAUGAGAUAGCAUUACAUAUCCAUACACCAACACUAGGAAGUAGGAUUUUGUUUUAGUGUAUACUGCAGUGUGUACUAUACUCCAUUCCAAACAUAUCCCAGCCUGAUCCCACAAGAAUUUGUACAUAUUUUUCGAGAUCUCUAAUUCAUAUUAAUAAAUAAAGUGAAUUGUACAAAAACAUACAAUUAUCAUAAAAGAGCAACAACGAAACCAUACACCUAAUUCCAACGUCACAGGGGCAAAACCAAUUGUGCAGAAAAAUGUACGAAUGAGCUUGUACGAAUUAAUAUGACUCGUAAAAUAUGUAGCAUGGCAUAUCCAUACACUAACACUAGGAAGUAGUAUUUAAUUUUAGUGUAUCCUGCAGUUUGUACUAUACUCUAUUCCAAACACAUCCCAGCUGAUCUCACAAAAAUGUGUACGUAUUUUAUGGGUUUGCUAAUUCCUAUGAAUUCGUACGAAGUGAAUCGUUCAAAAUCAUAUGAUUAUAGUAAAAAAUUGGUAACGAAACCCCGCCCCUAACCCCAACAUCACGUGGCAAAAGCAAAUAGUACAAAAAUGUACGAAUGUUGGUCGUACGUAUUAAUACAAAUUAGCCACCUCAUAAAAUACCUACGAAUUGCCAUGAGAUAGCGUUGCAUAUCCAUACACCAACACUAGGAAGAAGAUUUAAAAUUUUUGUGCAUUCAGCAGUUUGUACAAUACUCCAUUCCAAACAUAUCACAGCCUGAUCUCACAAAAAUGUGUACGUAUUUUAUGAGUUGGCUAAUUCCUGUGAAUUCGUAGGAAGUGAAUCGUUCAAAAUCAUAUGAUUAUAGUAAAAAAUCGGUAACGAAACCCUGCCCCUAACCCCAACGUCAAGUGGCAGAAGCAAAUCAUACAAAAAUUUAAGAAUGUUGGUCGUACGAAUUAAUACAAAUUAGCCACCUCAUAAAAUACGUACGAAUUGCCAUGACAUAGUGUUGCAUAUCCAUACACCAACACUAGGAAGUAGUAUUUAAUUUGAGUGUAUACUGUAGUUUGUACUAUACUCUAUUCCAAACACAUCCCAGCCUGAUCUCACAAAAAUGUGUACGUAUUUUAUGAGUUUGCUAAUUCCUAUGAAUUCGUACGAAGUGAAUCGUUCAAAAUCAUAUGAUUAUAGUAAAAAAUUGGUAACGAAACCCCGCCCCUAACCCCAACAUCACGUGGCAAAAGCAAAUAGUACAAAAAUGUACGAAUGUUGGUCGUACGUAUUAAUACAAAUUAGCCACCUCAUAAAAUACCUAUGAAUUGCCAUGAGAUAGAGUUGCAUAUCCAUACACCAACACUAGGAAGAAGAUUUAAAAUUUUUGUGUAUUCAGCAGUUUGUACAAUACUCCAUUCCAAACAUAUCCCAGCCUGAUCUCACAAAAAUGUGUACGUAUUUUAUGAGUUGGCUAAUUCCUGUGAAUUCGUAGGAAGUGAAUCGUUCAAAAUCAUAUGAUUAUAGUAAAAAAUCGGUAACGAAACCCUGCCCCUAACCCCAACGUCAAGUGGCAGAAGCAAAUCAUACAAAAAUUUAAGAAUGUUGGUCGUACGAAUUAAUACAAAUUAGCCACCUCAUAAAUACGUACGAAUUGCCAUGACAUAGUGUUGCAUAUCCAUACACCAACACUAGGAAGUAGUAUUUAAUUUGAGUGUAUACUGUAGUUUGUACUAUACUCUAUUCCAAACACAUCCCAGCCUGAUCUCACAAAAAUGUGUACGUAUUUUAUGAGUUUGCUAAUUCCUAUGAAUUCGUACGAAGUGAAUCGUUCAAAAUCAUAUGAUUAUAGUAAAAAAUUGGUAACGAAACCCCGCCCCUAACCCCAACGUUACAGGGGCAAAAGCAAAUAGUACAAAAAUGGACGAAUGUUGGUCGUACGUAUUAAUGCAAAUUAGCCACUUUGUAAAAUACGUAUGGAUUGCCAUGAGAUAGCGUUGCAUAUCCAUACACCAACACUAGGAAGAUGAUUUUAAAUUUUUGUGUAUUCAGCAGUUUGUACAAUACUCCAUUCCAAACAUAUCCCAGCCUGAUCUCUCAAAAAUGUGUACAUAUUUUAUGAGUUUGCUAAUUCCUAUGAAUUCGUACGAAGUGAAUCGUUCAAAAUCAUAUGAUUAUAGUAAAAAAUCGGUAACAAAACCCCGCCCCUAACCCCAAUGUCACGUGGCAAAAGCAAAUCAUACAAAAAUGUAAGAAUGUUGGUCGUACGAAUGAAUACAAAUUAGCCACCUCGUAAAAUACGUACGAAUUGCCAUGACAUAGUGUUGCAUAUCCAUACACCAACACUAGGAAGAAGAUUUUAAAUUUUAGUGUAUUCCGCAGCUUGUACAAUACUCCAUUCCAAACAUAUCCCAGCCUGAUCUCACAAGAAUUUGUACGUAUUUUACGAGUUGGCUAAUAUAUAUGAAUUCGUACGAAGUGAAUCGUUCAAAAUCAUAUGAUUAUAGUAAAAAAUCUGUAACGAAACCCCACCCCUAACCCUAACGUCACGUGGCAAAAGCAAAUCAUACAAAAAUGUAAGAAUGUUUGUCGUACUAAUUAAUACAAAUUAGCCACCUCAUAAAAUACGUACGAAUUGCCAUGACAUAGUGUUGCAUAUCCAUACACCAACACUAGGAAGAAGAUUUAAAUUUUUUGUGUAUUCAGCAGUUUGCACAAUACUCCAUUCCAAACAUAUCCCAGCCUGAUCUCACAAGAAUUUGUACGUAUUUUACGAGUUGGCUAAUUCAUAUGAAUUCGUACGAAGUGAAUUGUUCAAAAUCAUAUGAUUAUAGUAAAAAAUCUGUAACGAAACCCCACCCCUAACCCCAACGUCACGUGGCAAAAGCAAAUCAUACAAAAAUGUAAGAAUGUUGGUCGUACUAAUUAAUACAAAUUAGCCACCUCAUAAAAUACGUACGAAUUGCCAUGACAUAGUGUUGCAUAUCCAUACACCAACACUAGGAAGAAGAUUUAAAAUUUUUGUGUAUACAGCAGUCUGUACAAUACUCCAUUCCAAACAUAUCCCAGCCUGAUCUCACAAGAAUUUGUAUGUAUUUGAGUUGGCUAUUUUGUAUGAAUUCGUACAAAGUGAAUCGUACAAAAUAAUACGAUUAUCGUAAAAAAGCAACAAGGAAACUGUACCACUAAACCAAACGUCAAAAGGGCAAAAGCAAAUUGUUAAAAAAUGUAUGUAUGUGGUUGUACGAAUUAAUACAAAUUAGCCACCUCGUAAAAUACGUACAAAUUGCCAUGAGAUAGCAUUGCUUAUACAUACACCCACACUAGGAAGAAGUAUUUAAAUUUUUGUGUAUACAGCAGUUUGUACAAUACUCCAUUCCAAACAUAUCCCAGCCUGAUCUCAAGAAUUUGUACGUAUUUUACGAGUUGGCUAAUUCAAAUGAAUUCGUACGAAGUGAAUUGUACAAAAUCAUACGAUUGUCAUAAAAAUUAAGUAACGAAACCUCGUUCCUAACCCCAACGUCACAGGGGCAAAAGCAAAUAAUACAAAAAUUUAAGAAUGUUGGUACGAAAUUAUACAAAUUAACCAAUUCAUAAAAUACGUACAAAUGCCGUGAGAUAGCCUUGCAUAUCCAUAAACCAAUACUAGGAAGUAGUAUUUAAUUUUAUUGUAUACUGCAGUUUGUACUAUACUCCAUUCCAAGCAUUACCCAGCCUAAACAAGAAUUUGUACGUAUUUUAUGAGUUGGCUAAUUUGUAUGAAUUCAUACAAAGUGAAUCGUACAAUAACAUACGAUUAUCAUAAAAAAAUCAGUAACGAAACCCUACUCCAAAAAACGUAUGAAUUAGCGGGAUAGCGUUGCAUAUCCAUACACCCACACUAGGAAGUAGUAUUUAGUGUAUACUGCAUACUCCAUUCCAAACAUAUCCCAUCUUGAUCUUACAAGAAUUUGUACGUUUUUUUACAAGUUUACCCAUUCGUAUGAAUUUGUAUGAAGUGAAUCGUACAAAAACAUACGAUUAUCAUAACAAAUCUAUAACGAAAUAUGUAAGAAUGUAAGAAUGUUGGUCGUAUGAAUUAAUACAAAUUAGCCACCUCGUAAAAUACGUACAAAUUGCCAGGAGAUAGCGUUGCAUAUCCAUACACUAAUACACACCACACGCUUCAGAUUGACAGAUAGUUAAGAUGGAUUUGUAAAUACAUCGAUCGAAAAUUUGCAGUUUGAAUCUACAUCUAUACUUUUUUAUUGAAAAAAAAACAACCAAUAUAUAUACAAAACAACAUUUCAACAUGACAAAUCUAGAUCUUCACAUCUUCCUGUCUCUAACUGCUAGAGAUGUCAUGACAGCUCCUCCUCUUUACAUAUCAAACACUCCUCUUUGGAUAUCAGCCCCGCCCCUAACAGAUGCUGAGGAGGUGACUCUGCAACACAGGAUUAGUGAUGCGCUCUGAGAGAUCACACCCGAACUUUAAGUUCUGCAGAAAGAAACUCUGAGAGUUCUGGGCUCUGAAUCAGAAACUCCUGUCGAGCCGAGAUGCUCUCAGACUUUAACAGGCUAGGUCAACGCUCUCUGUGUAAAUGUGUGCUAGGGUCACAUGAGCAAGCCGAUGCUCGCUUGACACAUAACAGUAUGACACAUGGUGCGAAACACACUCUGCUGCCCAGGCACAGAUGGUUGCUUGUGUUUGUGUGUGUGUGUGUAGAGAGGGGGUGGGUAUCGAGAUUAUAACAUGAAAUGAGCCUCAGUAUGACUCCAAACAAUCAGGACGCUUUGAUUCCUUGUUGUUUUUUUGUUCCAUCAUAUCGGAUUGAGAAUUUGAUACUGAUCUUUGUAAUAGGACAUACUGUCAGACGGUUUUAUCUUUACCUCUUCAAAUAAAUCGAAACCUCUUUUGCAGCUUUCUAAACAUCACAUUUUACAAACCUUAAUAGCAGUUUUAAUAAUGAAGUGUCACAUGUAGCCAUUCAAUAUUUAUGUGUGUAUCAAGACAACAAUCUCCAAUGUGUGUUUUUUUUAAAGUUCAAAGAUCAUGGACAGUCAGAUAUACAGUGUUUCUUUAUUUCUGGUGUUAGUUUUUGUUUACAGAGCUCUGUACAGUGUUUUCUGUUUCAGUGUUUUUCUGCCUGUGUGCAUCAUUCGUCUGUUAUUUUGUUGUUUAUAUGCUGUUCAGAAAAUUGUGAUGUUUUUGAAACAAAAAAUCCUGUAAAAUAAAGGAAGGGGAUGCUCUUCUGUUUGUGGAU